AUUGUGUUGUAGUGGUGGCAGUUCUUUGCACCUGAAGGUAGUGCGGAUGAUUGGAAACAUUUGAUGCAUUCCUUCCGUUUUCAAAUUCCUCCGGCUUAGUGUUGUCGAGGAUUUAAAGGUAAAAUUUACUCCAUAACACGCGUAAAACGUUAUCCAUAUAAUAAUGGUGUCACAACCAUUAUCAGGUUUCACGCUGCAUUUUCGAAAUACAAGAGUAGAGAUACUACUCGGUGUCACAAGGUACUCACAAGGGACUCACAAGGGCUCGCAUAGUUUCACAAGUUAUCAUGAAGUGUCAUUGUUUUUAAGUCUGAUUUGCGCACGUGCGACAAGAUCGAGUUUGCAAGCGCUAAUUGCCGGUCCUCAUCAAAAAAGAGGUAUAUUUUUCUUGAUAAAAUUAGAGCAAUAUCCUCCUCAAAGCGAUCUACUAAGUAAUUAUAUGAAUCGAGUCGUAAGUGGUAACUUAUUAACCCAAGAUUUGCUAGAAGUGUGCGCACUUUUACACAGGGGUCAGGAGUGCAGAGCAUCCAUAGCCAUGUCACACACACCCCUCUUGUCACUUGAUUUGAGGUAAAGUGCUUCACGCAGUUCACCGAUUGGAGGGAUUAAAAGAUCGAAAUUAGGUAUUCUUGAGAAUGGCCUUGGCCUUUGCAAUGCACGUGAUGGACGACAGGAAGUUAUAAGCAGGAGAGAUCCCAUCUUUUCCCUCUGCGGGAUCCUGUAUACAUUUACAUACAGACCUCACAUGCAUUGAGAUAUAAAUACAUCAACCGGUCUGCAGCAGCGCUACAACUGAAAUUCUAUUUAAAAACACAUCCCAGACAUUUAGAAAGAUUCCGGCUAAUCGUUGGCUAGGAGGCUUUCAAACGUUCUCAUCUGACAAGCGUCCCCUCUUUGUGACGAGGGGCGAUGGCAAUACAAUCCUAGCCUUGUAUUAUACAGAAACCUAAGUAAGCUUGUUUUCUGGCCUGAAUCUAGAAUUUACCAACAUUUUGUUGUUGUUUAUAAUCUUGUUAAGCCUAUCACGGUCUACUAAAAUCAACACCACCAAGCAAGAGUGUCAUCGUUGUCAAAGCUGAAAAUCGACAUGGUCUCAGAAGCGGAAAUAAAGAUGUUGUACCACGUUUUAACACAGUUUACACGAAGCAUUCUAUUGCACAUAGGGGCUCGAUCAUUUGGAAUGCCCUUUCACACAAAAACGUAAAUAUAAGCAAUCUCAGGUCUUUUUGCCAUACGGGGGGAAGAAAUAAUAUUAUCUUAAAAAUUAAUACAUCUCUCAGUUACUACGCCCCCUGUGAUUAGGACGGGUUGGUUCCUUGCCACAGAUCGUUGUUGCGGCUGAUGCAGUUUAGCCAACGUAUCCGGGGGGAUUUUUCGUAGAGUUGUGUUGAGGAAGGUCUGCACUUUCUUUAUGGUUGCCACGGUUGUCCUCAGUCCACGUUCAUGAUCAAUAGAGUAGGACAGGUUUGACGUUGCUAUUGAAGAUCCCGAUCUUAGUCUGUAGUGUCAGUUCUUUGGAACUCCAGAAGUUCUUCAACUGUAGAAAGGUUGCUCUUGCUUUCACGACCCUGGCUAUAUUGUCAGUCCUCGUGCCCUCCUAUUGUCCGCUACACUGCCCAGAUUGGUGAAGGCAUCCACCUCUUCCAGAGGUUUGCCUUCCAGCCGUACUGACUCGGCAUUCAUUCAUUCAUUCAUUCAUUCAUUCAUUCAUUCCGUUCAUUCAUUCAUUCAUUCAUUCAUUCAUUCAUUUUAUUGUGUAAGACUUUCCCUUUUUGAUGUGAUGGCGAAUUUAGGUGGAAAAGGCUUCCACACUGUUGAACGUCUGAGCAACGCAGUUGUCGAUGCCUGUGAGAUAGAAGUGUUAGGUCGUCUGCAAAGUCGAGUUCAUCCAGCUGCGUCCAAAGUGUCCACUGGAUUCCAAUUCGUGCUUUUGCUGUGAACGGGGGUCGUGGAUGUUCUCAUUAUGCAAUCAAUCAAAACUCCCGUUUUCACUUUGAAUGCUCGUGAGAGCUCUCCCCUCGUAGGAGUUACGACUGAUGAUGACAAUCUGUACUGCCAUAUCCCAUGGUGUCGGAGAAGAUUCCAAAGGGUAUCCGUGUCCGCACUGUCGAAUCAUUUUCAAAAUCGACGAAAUUGAUGCACUGAGGCAGUCGUACCACUUACUCGGCUGUUAUGUCCGCAGUGUAGCGAUUUGGUCCACACAGGACACUUGCGGCAGUCAGCUUGCUGGUCUCCAUGUCGAGUGUCGACAUCACUUUACAUCCUGUUCAGCAUGAUUGUGUAACUAUAAAUUGUGUAAAUUGUGAUUGAAAGAAACUGUACAAAGGUAAUACAGGUUCUGUCUUUGUUUGAUUUAUAGACAUCCAGUAAAAUACCUAUAUGCAAGAUGCCAAAUGCGGACGAAAAUUCUCCGCUGAUCUCAGAGAACAAUGAUCUCCUUUCUACAUUUCAUGGGGCCUGCAGUAACUCUUCUGUUAACAAUCGCAAUCAGAUUAUGGGACGUGGCCGAAAGUCCCUCGUAGUUAUCUGCAUUCUUGUAACAGAGCUAUGUGAGCGCCUAACCUACUAUGGACUGAGACUAAAUCUACUGUUAUUCUCCAGUACUGAGUUGAAUCUUGAUCCUCCUUGGCCAUCAACUAUUUCUUAUUUGCUUUCAGGAACGUGCUAUCUUGUUCCCCUUCUGGCAGGAUGGCUGGCCGACACGUACACGGGCCGGUUCAACAUGAUUUAUGGAAGCUCUUUGCUUUAUCUUGUGGGAACUAUUCUACUUGUCCCAGUUGCCAUGGGAGAUGAUAUGAUUCAAACAUUAUUUCAUACCAAAGCCACUCAUAACGAAACAAUGAGAUUGAUAUACUUCGGACUGGCCCUGCUAAUGAUCGCAUUCAGCACAGGAGGAAUCAAGGCCAAUGUCUCACUAUUUGGAGCGGACCAAGUUAAACAGGAUGGACAAAGGGCUGUUCAAUCAUUCUUUAAAUGGUAUUACUUUAUCAUCAAUGUUGGAUCUUUAAUAGCCGCUACAGUGGUUGUAGGAGUUCAACAAUCAAAUGUGUUUUAUGGCUAUUGUAUUCCAGCCUGUACAAUGUUUAUCGCUGUUAUCGUGUUUCUUGCGGGUCGUAACCAUUACGUAACUAAACCGCCAGGAGGCAGCCAACUCACUGACACUGCAAAAAUAGUCUGUGAAGCAGUGCGAAAUCGCAAGCAGAAUGCAGGGACGUGGCUGGAGGGGGCAAAGAGGAGAUACGGAGGGAAGUUCAGUGAGGUAGAAGUUGAAGAUGUCAAGGCACUGUUGAGAGUUAUCGCUAUCUUUGGUCUGUUCGUUGUUUACUGGACAAUUUUCUCACAGAUGCAGACAACGUUCCUCAUUCAAGCAACCUUUAUGAGACUAGAAUUUGACAAAUUUACAAUUCCAGCGGCAUCCUUGUCAGUUUCCGCUAUCGUUGCUGUGCUUGUGUUGAUUCCCAUUUUUGAUCAGGUUGUUUAUCCUCUUGUCAGUUACUGCGGCAUUAAUUUUACUCCUCUGCGGCGUAUUGGUGUCGGAAUGCCGUUAGCAUCUGCGUGUGUCAUUGUGGCUGGAGUGGUUGAGAUACAACGAAGGAAUGCAUGGAUAGAUGGCGGGUUUUGUAUACAAACAGUGUUUGACGAAAGCCGCAAUGCUUCAAGUGUAAAUGUUUUUUGGCAAAUCCCACAAUUUGUAUUAAUUGGAUCCAGUGAGGUGCUUAUGGUUGUCACAGGACUUGAGUUUGCCUAUUCUCAAGCCCCCCAGAGUCUUCAAGGACUGGUGAUGGGUGCUUUUCUUUUCACAAGUGCACUUGGAAACUAUGUGGCAAACGUUCUUGUUAUCAUAGUGAGAGCUGCUAGCAAGAGUGAUUGGUAUCCAAGUGAAGAUCCCAAUCAAGGACAUAUGGAAUAUUUCUACUUCCUGUUGUCUGGAUUGAUGCUGAUCAAUUUUGUUGUUUUCCUGUACAUUGCUUCCUCAUACAAGUACAAGACUGUGCCCAAGAAAAGAAAGGAGAUUGCAGAAGACUUGGACACAGGCCAACCGGCUGAUGGGGAUCCAUCUGUAUGAUGGGGACAAGACAUGGCCGCGAAGAGGUGUCUCAACUGGAAUAUGCAGUAUGUUGUACUGUGGAGAGAGAUUUAACAAUAAUUAUAACUGACAUGUAUUAACGAUUAAGUGUUUUCAUUUUAUUUUUAGGUAUCCUUGGAAGGCUGCCCUUUAAUUGCAAACGCUGGGCGUCAGCUUUUUCUAUAUCCGUAUAUACAAAAAGUGUCAAAUCCUUA